AACAUGGCGGCCACCAGUGAGAGUUUUGAGACCUCCGUGAGGAGAAGACGUGUUGAUAGUAGAAAGACAGAGACGAAUUUCGCUGACAGCAGUAAAGAAAAUGGAGCCAAUACAGACAAAGACACAGAGAAAGAAAAGACCCUCGUGUCGUUACAGACCGGGAGUUACUGGCUUACUCGUAUUGUGCUGCUGCGCGCCGUCGCCUUUAUUUACUUUGUGGCAUUCAGCAUUGCUUAUACCCAGAACAAGCAACUGAUAGGUGAGCAUGGCCUGAUGCCCUGCAAGAGCUAUCUCAACAGUGUCAAGCGCUACGUUGGGGGAAAGAUAGGCAUGGCUGCCCUGGCCUAUACACCCUCUGUCCUCUGGUUCCUAGACUGGAGCAACAUGGAUGUCAACCUGGAUGGCAUCGCCCUGGUGGGGAUGGCGCUGUCAGGGUUUGUCCUGGUGACAGGAAUGGCCAAUAUGGUGAUCAUGGUAACACUGUGGGUGCUUUACCACUCGCUGGUCAAUGUGGGACAGCUGUGGUAUUCCUUUGGCUGGGAGAGCCAGUUGUUGGAGACAGGCUUUUUGGCCAUUUCGUGUCCGGUGUGGACUCUGUCCCCGCCCCCCCGCCGCUGCCCCCCCUCCCUUAUCUGUAUCUGGACCUUCAGAUGGCUCAUUGUCCGAAUUAUGCUGGGAGCUGGACUUAUUAAAAUCCGAGGCGACAACUGCUGGAGGGACCUCACCUGCAUGGACUACCACUAUGAGACCCAGCCAGUUCCCAACCCCAUGUCCUACUACAUGCAUCGCUCCCCGUGGUGGUUCCAUCGCUUCGAGACCUUGUCCAACCACUUCAUCGAGCUCAUUGCCCCAUUCUUCACGUUCCUGGGCAGGCGGAUGUGUAUGGUCAAUGGUGCACUCCAGAUCCUGUUCCAGGUGGUUCUGAUAAUAAGUGGGAACCUCAGUUUUCUCAACUGGCUGACCAUCGUUCCCUGUCUGGCCUGUUUUGAUGACGCAUCUCUCAGCUUCUUGUUUUGCUCUGGAGCAGGGGCCAAGAAGGCAGUGCUGGAGAUACAGCAUGAGGAUGCAGUAGGGCGCACCCCCAAACCCACCAAAGGUAUGUUGAUACGUCGAGUAGCGAACAUUUCUUUGAGCGUUCUGAUUGGCUACCUGAGCAUUCCUGUGGUGAUGAACCUGCUGAAUUCCAGGCAGGUGAUGAACACCUCCUUCGACCCACUACGUAUAGUCAACACUUACGGGGCGUUUGGCAGCAUCACCAAGGAGCGUACUGAGGUGAUUUUCCAGGGCACUCUGAGCCAGGAUCCCAAGGACCCUGAGGCAGUGUGGGAGGAGUACCAGUUCCAAUGUAAACCAGGAGACAUUUAUCGACGGCCGUGCCUGAUAUCCCCAUACCACUACCGUCUAGACUGGCUCAUGUGGUUCGCUGCCUUUCAGACCUACGAGCAGAGUGAGUGGGUGAUCCACAUAGCAGGACGUCUGCUGGCCAACGACAGCACGGUCCUCUCGCUGCUCAACCACAACCCAUUCCAAGGCAGAGACCCACCCAGGUGGGUGCGAGGAGAACACUUCAGAUACAAGUUCAGUCAGCCGGGCAGUGCCAGCGCAGCGCAGGGGAAGUGGUGGCUGAGAAAACGCAUUGGAGCCUACUUCCCUCCCGUGGACCUAGAAGGACUCAGGGGCUACUUUCAGUCUAGGAACUGGCCCCACCCACAUAUACCACCGAGCAGAAGCUGAGUUCAUGACCUUGGACAACUGUACCGGUGGAAAAUCUGCAGGGUUGAGAUUUGAAAGCAU